AUGGCGUUUUGGCAUGUAUUUCAGAAAGUAUCUGAAUCACUUUAUCACAGCGGUAAAAUGCAGUCGUCAUUGUUAUGCAUCUGGUUGCUUUACCUGAACGCAAAUGCUCAAAAUGACAAUGCGGCGUCAAACGAUUACGCCGAAGUUCGAACUCUGCUGGAUCAAUAUUAUCAAAUAACAGCCAAAAAAUACGGAUCGUUUCAUGAUUAUGAUCCGAAAAAGGUGAGCAGAAUGUUGAAAGAUAUUCCUGCUGAAGAUGAAACUGAAGCAGGCAUUAAUCGCAGACAGGGCAUUGUGGGUGAUUUGUUCGAGAACGAUAUCCUGCUGACAUUACCACAGGCCAAGGCUCUGCUCAAAGAAACUAGCAGAAGCAGUUAG